UCUGCGAGCUAGAUGUAUCGCGCGCGCAGUCGAUCCGUGAACUCGAAAGCUGCCGCGAAGCAAAACGAUCCGACCUUUGAUUGCGCUUUCCAUGAACUUUUGCGAACCAUUCAGUGACGAAGAGCUCGCGACAGUUCUCUGCAAAGAAUAAUACGGAUGACUCUCCUCAUCCUAUCUGAAACAUUGCCAGCCCCUUCAGAGUGAAAAGUUGAUGAAGGAUCAAGACAUGGGCCGCACAGGAUACACGUGCAUCAGGCACGUUUUCUGCUCCCUCAACGUUUUAAUCUGGUUAUGCGCUUGCGGAAUUUUGGGUGCGGGCCUUUGGCUGCGGUUGGCUUAUUCCGGAUACGCGACCUUGGUGCCGCAAUAUAGCUUCGCAUCGGCGGACUCGUUACUGCUCGGCGCGGGAUGCGUCACAUUCGUCAUCGCCUUCUUCGGAUGCUGUGGCGCGUGGUUUCAGUCUAGAUGCAUGCUGAUCACGUAUUUUAGUCUGGUGAUAUUUAUGUUCCUCGCUGAGUUCAUGCUGGGAACUUUGGCGUUCGUGUUCAGGGAAUAUGUCGCGAGAAGCCUGAAGGAGGAAUUACUCUACGGUAUUGAGAAGCAUUACAAUGUCACCAGGGAACCAGGAACUCUCUCCAGCAUGUGGGAUCACAUACAUACGGAGUUUCAUUGUUGCGGCGUACGCGACUACACGGAUUGGUUCCAAAUCGAGGCCUGGCCCGAGGAGGACCGGGUGCCGGAUACCUGCUGCAUACAACGGGAACGGUACUGCGGUCGUCUAGAUCCGGAAGGUCGCAAUAAGGAGGGAUGGUACAAGGAGGGAUGCGCGACCGCCAUACAAAUGUGGUUAGUCACCAGACUCCACGUGGUGGGUACGGUGGGCCUCGUCGUUGCCUUUCUUCAGCUGUUCGGUCAGGUGGCCAGCAUGAUCCUCUUCUGCACGGUCAGACACAAGAGAUCCUCUCACACGUACAAGAGUUACGAUACUACCAAUACCUAGAAUUUCCGAUCGAUCUUGGACGAGACCACCGUCUAAGAUCGAUAUAAUACCUUCCUCGCGAGUGUCUGAUACCCGUUCCACGCAGCGGGAACGAAUUUUUUCAGAAUCGUCGGUAUUGGUCCUCCUCUGACGAUUUUCACGGAAGAUCUUGCCUUUCGAUCGCACCGAAUUCGCAGAUAUUUGUAAAAAUAACAGACAACGAGUUAAACGAAGAUUUGUUUAAGAAAACUCACGUCAGACGAAAAGCAUAAAACGAGAUUACAUUAUAUUGAUGAUUAUUGAGAACAUUACUCUAUAAAUAUAUUUUACAUAUGAGGCGUUUUAAGCAAAUGAAGACACGUUGAGGUUUUAGCUGACCAAAAAGUUUCCGCUGUGUACCAAAAAAUAUGAUAAGUAUUUAAUUGAUGGUUUUCCUUCCUUUAGUCUGAAUGCUGAUAAUGUUUUUUGCAAUCUCCGGUGAUUAAUAUCGAGACUUCUCGCUGUCAGAUUUUAUGUCGAUUGAUAAUUAUUUAUAUUCUUAAGCAACAGUAUCAUCCGUGGAUCCUUUUUAACCAAUAUUUAUAGAUAGUAGUGUAAGUAGUAUCUGGCAGCAGAAAAUUAAUUUGUAUGUGAGAAUAAUUUAUGUAAUGAUGUGAGAGAGAAAGAGAAAGAGAAAGAGAGAGUAUGAGAGAGUGAGUGAGAGAAAGAGAAAAAAGAGAGAGAAUCGAGAUUAUGAUCGAUCAUUAAAUUGAAUUUUUCCUAUGUAAUAAAUCUAUCCUGCUUUAAUAGUAUUGAAGAUGACUCUAAUGCUCGGUUUUUUCACACCUCCCAAUAGCUAUCUUCCAGAUAAAGAUAUCCGAUAACUAAAAAUCCGUUUUCUUCACUGAAACCUCUGGUUACGUAUCUAACGGAUAGCUAUUCUUCAUAAGAUAUCGGCUACUUCGGGUUCAGGAUAACUUUAUCUGCCAGAUACAGACUUUACAGAGGUGAAGAAAACCGAUUUUGCGAGAUAUCUGCUGGAUAAAGUUAUCGAGAACUUAUCUAGAAGUGAAGAAACCGGGCAUAAUUGAUAUAUAUUCAGUAUUCAUUCACGAGAAGUAAUCACUCUUUACUUUACUAUAACUAAUUGUACGCCGCAUCGAUUCUCGACAUCAAUAAUUGGGAACAAUUAGAUAGAUAAUAGAUAGAUAGUGCAUGAUUAUGUGAUUUAGUCUCUCGGAUAUCCAAUUGAGAUUAUAGAUUAUCAAAGUAUCUUCAAUGUCAUAAGCAUGAACUUAUGUUAUAAGGGAUUUUAUAUAUCUAAUAUAUAUUAAUUAAAGUAAAACCUCUCUCAUAUGUGUUAUAGCUGAUAUCACCGAAGCAAACGAUUGAGUAUAAAAAUAUAUUCAUGAUUUAAAAUUUAUUAAUAAUUUAAAGUGAUGUUGACAAUUAUACAAUAAAGAAUCGAAAUGACAAGACGGUAAUGCAUUACAAGUGUAUUAAAUAUAAAUUAUUAUUAGUAAUAAAUAAUAUAUUUAUAUGUUAACA